AGUUCGCGCAGUAAGGUGAACAAAUGCAGGAAGUACAAACGAAACGGGUUAUUAGCACUCGACAUUGGCCUUGAAACAUUACUACUUGUAUGUACAUACAUGUAUGCAUUAUAAAACACACCGAUGGUUCGAGAGUACGUGAUUGAGACGUUUAUCGCAGCCGGCUUGGAACAGAGAGUCGCUAAAGUUAGCAGACGUGGGACGGAUAUGGUAUUCCUUGAGUGAUAAAAACAUCGGUCAAGUUGCCUACGUGAACGGCCUUUCUCAGUUCCAGAAUGGAGCAUUCCUACAAAUUUUGUAUGAAAUCUCUUAUGAUGGAAUGCCGUCAGCGGAGUGAUAGCCACCAUUUAGUAUACAAACCGAGUAAAGAGGUUGAUCCUCGCUGUGAUUGGAUGCGUAACGAAGCGAAUGGCUGCCUCAGACAUUCACCCUCACUUAACAAAUGCAUCGAACGUGCCGUCCAGUAUUAUGUGUCGUACAUGUCCAACGGGAAAAUUUCGGACCGUUACUACGUGAUGUCGAUUGACCCGUUAGCCUUCCCGAAUGCAACCUUAGUACGGAAUAGAAACAUUCACACUUACUUCCUGACCAGGGAAAUGCGAGGAUUCAAAAACUCAUUUGUGACCGAUGUCAAGGCAGAUCUUAACAAACUUGAGUUCCUGCUGCAAUUCCAAAUGCCAGCGGUAGAUGUGCAUGGAUCCUACAGGGCGGAACUCGCAAACGAUAAACAAAUCGCCGAGUGGGCGCGAAUGUUCUCUUCGAUCCGAAAUUCCACACUUCGGAUGCAUCUCAAGGGAACGACAUACGAAAGUGACGAUCGAAUUUACGUGCGGGUGAACAUCACCGACUUUGAUCUAACCAUCGGUGAUCACACGGUUGGCUUUGGUUGGUUCACAAUGAGUGGAAACUAUACCGAAUACGGCCAGAUGUUCGAUCUCGAACGAGGCCGGAAUGUGCUGUCGAUCGUGGAGGCUGAGUUUACGCAGAGUUUUCGGGAGCUAUUUCAAAUGUUGUUGAAUGAGAUUUUGCGAUUAGCACCGUUCGAAAGAUUCUUCCCAAGUCAACAGUAGGAUGUGUGUUUGUGUGUUGUACUGAUGAGAGACCGUUGGUCGGUUGUUAUCAGCAGUGAGACGACGAGAGUGGAAUGUAAAUAGAGAUUUAUUUGUAAUAAUAAACUGUAUUUAUUUUUGUA